UGAGAUGCGGCAAUGCUCAAAUUCCAACUUCCUUCAGGAGCUACUCUACUGCAAAAUCAGAGAAGGUUUUGCCAGUAAAGAAGAAAAAGCGGCUGGAUGAAAUAUGUCUUGAAAAAUAUCAGCAAUAUAGUAGAUCAGUCAUCCAAUCAUGGAUUUUGCAAGGCAAAGUAUAUGUGAACGGGAAGGUGAUAAUAAAGCUGGUAGCCCUGUGCCUGAAAAAGCUGUUGUGGAGAUAAUGGCUGAUGUUCCCAAAUAUGUAUGUAGAGCUGGACAUAAGUUAGAAGCUGCUAUUGAACAGCUUGGUGUUGAUGUUACCAGUAAAGUAGCUCUUGAUUCUGGGCUGUCAACUGGAGGAUUUACUGACUGCUUACUUCAGUACGGAGCAUCAUUUGUUUAUGGAGUUGACGUAGGUUAUGGACAGGUAGCUGACAAAAUUCGAAGAGAUGAUCGUGUAUCAGUGAUCGAACGGACAAAUUUAAGAUAUCUUGCUGGACUCCCACAAAAUGUUGAUUUGGUGACCUUAGACCUCUCAUUCAUCUCUAUUCUCACGGUCAUGCCUGCUGUGGUCAAUGUUAUGAAGGAAAAUGCAGCAUUAGUGACUUUGGUUAAACCACAAUUUGAAGCUCGUAGAUCUCAAGUAGGAAAAGGAGGGAUAGUGAAAGAUCCCAUUGUCCAUCAAGAGGUCCGCGAGAAGAUUAUAAAGGGAGUAGAGAAUUUUGGUUUCUGCUGUAAAGGUUGGAUUGAGUCUCCUCUGAAAGGUGCCGAGGGUAAUACAGAAUUCCUUGUUCACUUCAACAGAACCAUAGUAAAGGUUCCUGACAAAUCUUGAGGAAUUUAUAGGAUUUAUAGGAUUUAUACUUAAUGCAUUUCUUCAAUCUUCGAG